UCUACCUUUCUCAGCGAAGGGAGAAGUUAGCAGUCGGCUGCCAGUCUGGUCCGUAGCCACGAUGGAUGCAAUACCAUGCUUUCUGCUCGUCCUCCUGUUCGGGACAAGGAUACAAGAAAAUACUGCCCUCCAGUGUUACUGUGACCGCUGCAGCGCCAACUCCAGCUGCACGACAGAUGGCGUCUGUUUCGUCGCCGUUCGCAAGUCGGGCAGCCGGCUGACCACCGAGCAGCGCCAGUGCGUACACGAAAACGAACUGAUCCCGCGAGACCGGCCCUUCAUCUGCGCCCCGUCUGUCAAACAUGACACGGGUAUUUACCCAGUGUGCUGUACCACGGACUACUGCAACAAAGACCCUGAUCUGGACCCUGUCCCCACAGUAAAGCCGCCUCCUCUGGGUCCUGUGGCCCUUGCAGCGGUGAUCGCCGGCCCUGUGUGUGUGCUCUGCCUGCUGCUUGUUGUGGCAUUUUAUGUCUGCCACAGCCACAGGGGAUUGGGGGCCGGGGGCGCCGGGGCCCACCAUCACCACCACCACCGGGUGCCCAAUGAAGAGGACCCCUCCAUGGACCAUCCCUUCAUCACUGUUGGAACAACACUGAAGGACCUCAUCUACGACAUGACCACCUCGGGCUCUGGAUCAGGCCUGCCACUGCUGGUUCAGAGGACCAUCGCAAGGACCAUCAUCCUCCAGGAGAGCAUCGGAAAAGGGCGUUUUGGCGAAGUGUGGCGGGGCAAGUGGCGUGGCGAGGAGGUGGCCGUGAAGAUCUUUUCCUCCCGCGAAGAGCGCUCCUGGUUCCGCGAGGCUGAGAUCUACCAGACCGUGAUGCUAAGACACGAGAACAUUCUGGGCUUCAUUGCUGCUGAUAACAAAGAUAAUGGGACGUGGACUCAGCUGUGGCUGGUGUCGGACUACCAUGAGCACGGCUCCCUCUUCGACUACCUUAACCGCUACACCGUCACUGUGGAGGGCAUGAUCAAAUUGUCCCUGUCCACAGCCAGCGGCCUCGCUCAUCUCCACAUGGAGAUAGUGGGCACGCAAGGUAAGCCAGCUAUUGCCCACAGAGACUUGAAGUCAAAGAACAUUCUAGUGAAGAAGAACGGGACCUGCUGCAUCGCUGACCUGGGUCUAGCCGUCCGCCAUGACUCAGCCACCGACACCAUCGACAUCGCUCCGAACCACAGAGUGGGAACCAAAAGGUAUAUGGCUCCAGAGGUCUUGGACGACUCCAUAAACAUGAAACACUUUGAGUCUUUCAAGCGAGCUGACAUCUAUGCCAUGGGACUGGUCUUCUGGGAGAUUGCCAGCCGCUGCUCUAUGGGAGGCAUCCAUGAGGACUACCAGCUGCCCUACUAUGACCUGGUUCAGUCAGAUCCAUCAGUGGAGGAGAUGAGGAAGGUGGUUUGUGAGCAAAAGCUUCGGCCCAACAUUCCCAACCGCUGGCAGAGCUGUGAGGCCUUGCGGGUGAUGGCAAAGAUAAUGAGGGAGUGUUGGUAUGCCAACGGUGCCGCCCGACUCACUGCUCUCCGAAUCAAGAAAACCCUGUCUCAGCUCAGCCAACAGGAGGGAAUCAAGAUGUAGACAAAACUACCAAACACACACACACAUGCACACACACCUCUGACUGGCAUCCAUAUCGUUAGCAUUACAGCAUUAUUAUCUUCAUUAUUAUUCAUCGAUUGUUCCUCCCCUUUAGUUUGAAGGGCAGUGAAGAAUAUUUUUCCCCUCGUGCUCUUUUUUCGCAUCCCAUUUCAUUCACUGACAAGCUGAUGAAUCCUGCACCUAGAGCUGAGGAACCAUCUAUAUGUGUGUGUGUGUGUGUUGCACUGGGGUGACAUACACACAUGAAUGGCUGGAGGGAUGGAUAAAUGGAUGGAUGGAUCUGAUGAGGGGUGGUUGUGUCUGAAGUGGAUAGAAGAGGCAUUAAAGGAAGCCUCCACUCAUUAUCCUCCAUGUUAAUUUACUAUAUUCAUCAAGUGAAGUCUUUCAAAGACCCAUACAGGCAACUGGUGUCCAUGUCAACUCCCGCCUUCACCGCUCAUCACACACCAACCAAUAAAAGCUCAGACCUCAUCGGGUAAACUAAAGGCCAGACAGGUAGCUGAGAAUCACCUGGGAGGCCUCUGAGCUGCCAGAGCUUCGCUCUCAUCUCCUUAUAUCUUCAUUAUCACUUCAUUUGUAUAUUAGCAUUUCAUUCUUUACUUCAGAGUGUUAAGCUACUCUUCAGUAGGGCUGCAAGUCACUCAUUUACAUUUUUGAAUGAUCUAUCGAAUCAUGAAAUACGCAGAUUUCCUGAGUGUGUAAAAAAUGAGUUGAAAAAUCAAAAUGGAACCAAUGCUGAACUUACUGUUUAAAAUUGAACAAAAAUUUUUGGAUGUAAAAAUUCGAGCUAAGUCAAAAAGUCAGACUGCCCAAAUUCUAAAAAAAAGAUUCUAACAACAAGGAUAAACAAACAGGUCUGAAUGGAGUCAAUUUGUCCUGUCAGGUUUAGUGUUGACUGUUACCAAGUAGCCUGUCAAAAGUUAGUAGCAGUUUAAUAUCAAUUUUGUAAAUGUCAGAAAAUGGACAGUUUAGUUUGUCUUUAAAUUCUAAUCCAAAGAAAUGACAAAUAAUGGAAAAAGGAUUUUCCAUUUGGGUGAGGCAGUUAAGUUUAUAUUCACCAUUAUUUUGCUGCUAGAGAAGGCAGCCACAGAACAAGCAGCUGCUUGACACACAUCCUCCUAAUCAUUGAGCUAACAGUGAGUCAUCCAUGAUCGGUAGUAUUUCAGAGGGUAAAGAUUAUUCAACAAAGAAAACCGUUUCUGUUGCAGCCCUACUCUUGAGUCAUUUUACGGUAGCACUGGGGACUGAAGCGAGGACCUGGGGGUCAUGGGACAGUCUGUAAGCCGCUCUGUGGGGGUCACACAAACGUUGGCUUCAUCUAGUUGAGUUGUGAGCAGAAUCUCUCAUCUCUGCAACAAUUUUGCACCUGUUUUUCAUUUGUUACUGUUGUAUUUCCCCGUCUCCCAUCGUAUUGUCAGGGAGUCGGACAGGUCAGUUUAAUUUAUUGUGUUUUUUGAAUUUUCUUUCUGGUGGCAGGGGAUCUUUUUUGCAAAACUAAACUGGACAUGAUGACCUCAUUCAUUUUUGGCGAACAUGCUGCAACAUAUGCAAUAUACAGUAGAUAAAUGUGUCUAUUUUCUAUACUCUGCUCUGCUAAACCACAAACAGCAAGAACAACAACAACAACAACAACAAUCAGCUGCCACCAUGCCUUCCAAGCCAGCUGUUACCAGAAAGUGCCAGUGCUUUAAAAACCCAACUCCUCUCAUGUCGGCUGCUGUGGAGUGUGUUUGUUCUCGCGUGUAUGCAGCUCUGUGCGUGUGUGUCAGAGGAGGCCUGCGGGAGCCCUGCCGAGCAUACAGCAAGCUCGUACUAUGCACACCCAAGAAGUAGGGACGGAAAGCAAGAAGGGACACACACCGCACAUCACAGCACGCACAACUCAGCCGACUCUCUGGUGCCAUUUCGUCAACCCCCUCCCCUCCCACCUGAACACCCGACCACCUCAGCAACAACUCAUUGUACAGCUUCUCCUCCCAGUGGACUGAGUCUGGAAACUGAGCUCCAGCACCUCAAACUGUGUUUAGUUGGAAAAACUUCGCCACAAAAGCUUACGGCGGCUUUCGAAAAGAGACACAAAAAACUUGUAAGCAUUACUGAUGUUGCCCUAUAAAUGUAAACUCUUGGAUUUCUGAUUUUUGUUCUCUCACAUGUUUGCGCCGUUGACAGCGCAGCAGCGCGAAUCAACCUUUCAAGUGUUUUCUUCUCUGUAGGAUAAUCAACAAAAAAAACAGUGAGGUACAUUCAUUUAAAUAUAGCAAAUGGAUAUUUACUAAGCCAUAGGUUUUCCAGGUUGUUUAUCAUUUUUUUUCUUUUUUGUGGCAAGGUCUUUUUCUACUAGAAUGUACAUUUACGAAAAACAAAAGAUGAAAAAAAAUAUGCGUAAAAUGGACAAUUUUGUCAUUUCAGCUUAGCAAGCCUUAAGGGACCAAUGCAUAAGAGUCAGGAUCUGCUCUUAUUUUUUUUCCCUUUAUUUUUGUUUGUUUUGUUUUUUUUUUUUUUUUAAGAUAAAUACAUAUAUAUAUAUAUAUAUAAUAUAUAUAUAUAUAAAUAUAUAAAAAAAUUGAUUACUAUGACAAAGGUAGUGUCAUAAUUCUAUCUAAAGGACAAAAAAAAUAUAUGUAGCACCUGAUUUAACAGUUUGUUUCAGUCAAGUGUUUGUCCUGUUGCCAAAAUUGCCAUACAUCUAAACCCAUUCUAUCUUAUUUUACAGAUCUGCUUGUGUCUGAGUUCCAUCAAAAGCACUUGUCUUUGUCGUUUAGUACACAGGUCAAAAUUUAACACAUAAUUACAGUUUGAAUACACAAAGUAUUAAACAGUCUAGAAUGAUUACAUCCAGUAAAUUAAACCUGCCAGACAGUGCUGUACUCAAAGAAAUCCCACAGAGUCUCUUGAUUGUUCAGCAAUAAGUGCACUUCUGAACCACUGCGGGGUUUACCUGUGUGGCAAUUUGGAUGUCAGCGAGUCCGUCUGUCCCCAUUGUUUUCCUUACAUAAUGGAUACAUAAUGUAUUGAUGUGCUGCUACUUAGUUGUCCACCUCGUUUUCUGAGUCGAGGUGAGAGCUGCCGUUGGAUGUAAAUUUCCUCAGAUUGCCUGAAUCUGAUCAUUCUGUGCCAUGUUGCUCUGAUGCAAAUCUAGCGCAUUGUCAUUUGGUAGGCAGUCUACUCAAAGAUUUGCUGAAGUGUGUUCAAGAGUUGUGUCAGCCAUCAUUCAUGGACGUGCAGGAGACCCACACCUGCACCCACUGCAGCAGCUCAUUUCACUGAUGAGUUCUUCCUCUCUGGUUCAAAGUGUGGAUCAGUUCAAUCAGUUGCUGUAGAAUGGAAAGCUGCAGCCUCCAUGGACCAUGGUUGAAAGCCGCUGUGCCAAACUAUCGAUGGGGUUCGGAGUAGCUUGUUCUCUCCACUUUGAAGCCCACACAGUUGGAAAUGCAUUUAGAGAUAUUUUCCUCUACUAGAAGCCCAAGUUUAGAGGAGGGGUUAGGAGAGCAAAGUUAUCAAAUUCUUUUUGAUAAUAGUCAUUUGUCCAGUAAAAAGUGCUUUUUCUCUGUAAGAACCCCCUAGUUGAUGGCUUUAUAGCAACUGAUAAUGUAAUCACAGAUAGAUAAUGACAUAGUUGACAUAGUACCUAUAAAAAUGUCAUAAAUCCUUUUCAGCAUUCAAUUCUAAGUUAAUGUAACAGCAAUGGUAAUAGAUCUUUCUUUAAAGCUAUAUACCGUAACUUGACAGACAUUCUUUAUUCAUAAUUCAUGGUCUCUGAUAGUCUACCUGCAAUUAUUUUUCAUGAUCAGUUCUUGCCUAAGUAGACUGAAUAGUAAACCACUUAAAUAAAACAAAACCACUCCAAGUCAAAUUGAAACAAACAGCAGUUGAUAGAACACUUACCAUUCAACUCCACUUAUUUGUUUGUUCAAGAGCUUUUAAAGAUAUCCCACUUAAUUCAGCAGUUGGCCAACUUGUGGGAUGGACCAUUAUGCUAAUGUAGGAUAUGUGCAAAGUUGAUUUAUGGCAUUUAGGCUUACUGGUAUGAGUGAGGAAGUGGGCCUUGGGUAGACAUAGAGACUGAGAUAAAUGCUUUUCAAUAAGCCAGUUGCUCAUCUUUUGAUUUUAUAAAUACUGUUGCAUCUCUAAAGAAAAAUCUGCACAUCUAGUUGGCUGAGGUGAAGAAUCCCAUAGCCUUUUUAUAAAAUGUUCAAAACAUUCUAAUGUGACUUAUCCAUUUUUGUGAUUAUAUUAUCAGUUGAUACAGGCUUUAUUCAGCAAUUCCCUUGUCAUCCUUUAAAAAAAUUAAAUGAAUCCUUUAAAGACUUUGGUUAAAAAAAAAAGAAGGAAAAAAAAGUUUGACAAAAAGCAGUCAAGGUGUGAUGUAUCCACCUGUUUAGUUCCACUGUUCAGAGUUGUUCUCGUGAAUGAAGUAUUCUUAAAUAUGUAGAAAUGAUCAGCAGUGGCAGAAGUGACAUAUUAAGCAUUGUAAAUAUCUUGUGGAGUAAACAACAGAAGAAAGCUAUCCUGAUAUUUGAAGAAAGUAAAGUGGAUAUCGCUGCUAUAUAAAAUACAAAAAGGGUGACAGACUAUGCUGAAUUAAAUGUUAAAUGUGUAAACUAGUGGGCCAACUGGGGCUUGCCAGGGAAAACCAGGGCCAAGGAUUCAUCUUUCUAAGCCAUGUGGGUUUGGGGUGCAGGGUGGGGGAUCGGUGGUGGUACGGGAAACGCUAAAUUUAAAAUCUCAAAGUAUCCCUUUAAGUAAGCCCUGGCUAGCCCUGCUGGCAUUUUGGGUGGGAUUGAGACUGUAUAGUAUGUGUAUUCCAUUAGUAAUGUCAUUCUCUGGGACAUUAGCAACAACAAAAGCUCAACUCAACAGCACCUCUGGUAUGCCUCUACUAGGACAACCUUCAUUCUGUCUUAAAGUCACCAGCAGCCUUGUAGUUUUUCUUUUCAAAACCCAAGAUGACUUAACUGUAAAAAGAUUUUUGCACCCAACUGUUUUUCUCUUGUGGUCUUUAUACAGCAGUCUUUCUGUCUUGGAUUCUAUCUUGCCUUUCUCUCUUGUCAUUCCAUGUUCUCUAAUUGACAUAACAGAUAUCUCCUAGCUACAAGGGCCACACUUCACUGCAGCCGGUUCACAUGCUUCACAGCUCCAUAACAGGCAAACCAGCUCACGUCCAUCCCUGCCUACAUUUACUUAUCUCUAAACUCGCAUCUUAAGGCUGGACUAUGCUUGAAACAAACCAGUCUUUGUGAUGCACUGCAUCACACAAAUGGCAAUUUUAGGCAGUCUCUCCUAUAAGUCGUUCAUGGUUUUGCCCUUAAAUGUACACACGACAGAGAAGACACAAGACAUAAAUUUAAACUGUCUGAGCUCGACUUUGGAAAGUUUUAAAAAAUCUGUUGGACACAGCCCGGACAAGUUGCAGAAAGCACUUUGCUUGAAGCACACUGAUGCCUUUGAAAGAGUACGUCAUUGAUUUAGACAAACUCCCCAACACCUGGAAACACUUCAGUGGAGUUGCUUUCAUGGGAUUGUCUGGAUUCCUUGUUGGAUGGUCAAACUGUGUCUGAAACCCCCUCCCCCGUACCUACACUGACACUGGAAUGGUGGCAGCAAUUGACAUUAUUCGUACAUUUCCAGCACCACCAAUUGGACCAACAUAAUGGAUGUCUGCAAGGAGAGACUGUCUCAGAAUUGCAUUGUUAUCCCCAUACUUAAAAGAAUUCUCUGUGAAAGCAGGCUCUUCACACUGUAUGAAACUGCUAUGAACACUUUUGUGUUCAGACAUGGCUGAACAACAUUUUGAACAAACUAUUUUGUUUCAAGCAUACUCUGACCUUAGGAUUAUAAGAGGGGCCAUUCUGUAAACCGUUCCUCCUUUAGUCUGGAAGUCAUUGGGACUGAACCCGUAAAUCAUGUUUUUCCUUCCUUAAUUUGUGGGUUAUUUGGGUUUGGCAAACCUUUUUGCUUAGAUAUUUUGAUCACUGAACCAUUUUUUAAAAAUUUACAAAGAAAAUCCAUUGUAACUCCUCUUUGAGAAUCUUACCUUGCCUUUUCUCUCUGUAGCUCAGAAUAAGGGAAGGGGGGGCACUGUACACUGUUUAUAUGCAGCCACCAUGCAAUUUCAAACCUCGGUCCACUGGUCAACACAGAUGAAGGUUGUGAAUGGGAGCAGCAAUGUGGCUGAGCCAUUUAGUGACUCAAACCCGUAGAGAUGUGUUAUGUUUGUUGUCUGGUCAAAUAUGCAGCCUUUUCAUGCUAUUCUUUUUAAGGCAAGAAAGGCACAAAAAAGCAGUUUCUUCUGCUCUGCGUGCAUUGAUGGAGAGGCAAAACAGGAGGUAACAUAAACUAUGCCAGCAGCUCUAUCGCUUCAAACCACGCACCUAGAAAUUCCCACAGCUGUGAAUGUAUCAGCCCUCUCAGAGUCAACAACCAAUCCGAGCACAACCUGCAUAACUCAGCCCAAAGGUCGUGGCAGCAACUUUGUGAGCAUGCAAAUAUCCGCCGCACGGGUCUGUUUCUAUCUCUGUCUCUUUUUCUCGUUAUGCAAAGUCUGGGCCAAUCAUGUCUGCCCACUCAGUCCCUCUGGAUCACACAGGUUGAAUGACCUAUCUAUGCUAGCAUGAUCCACACACUGUGAUGAGGUCUGCGUUUGGGUCAAAGAAUUAAAUCAUUCUCUUUUCAUGGUUGCCCUCCAUCAUCUCAGAGAUCUUCUGUAUCUCUGCCGAAGCAUCUGCAGUGGUCAGAAGCCAGCGAAAGUGUAAAGGUUGAUAUGAAGAGCGGUUUGGGUCGCUAAAGGGCUCAGAGCUUUGCUCGGCUACAAACAGUUUUCUUCUCCAGUUCGAUGCUGCAGUGAGGCCUUUGUGGCAACAAGGGUAGCAGAAAGCUUUAUCAUGUUUUAUUUGGUGCCUAAGUUUGACAAGACUUCUUUUUACUUUUCACCUCGAAUGACAAGACUGCAUGUGAUUGUGUGUCUGCAUUGAUGUCUGCAUUACCUGCUUUAUAGAAGUCAUCCAAAAGCUGAGAUCUUAAAAAGCAUAAUUAACAUAUUAAAAAGGUCACUUAAUCAAAAAGAAAAUACCUCCUUUUAAAGACCAAUGUGUUUUACCUCACUGUAUAUAUAUUCUUGAUUUGUUUACUCCAAGUUUGCAAUUUAUCUUUCUCUUUUGUUUCUAUGAAAUGCUUAAAAAAAGUUGAAGAGAAUAAUUUGUUUUUCUUUUCAAUGGUUCUUUUUUGUCAAAUGGCAUUGUAUUGUGUUUGUGUUGUGCCCAAGCAGUAUACUAUUCCUCUUUUACCAUGCUCUGUAUAUGACCUGUUGGUUGUGUUCUGCGUGAGCUGUACAGUCAAAAGCGCUUUACAAAUGUCCAAGCCCCCUUCUGAGCUCUGGUACAAAUGCCUUGUUCAAUAUAUUCCUUUGUUUAAUGAAAAAAAAGAAAAAAAAAGAGUUGAAGUGGAGGUAGAGGAGGCUGGAAGUGAGGGGAGGGACUGUAAAGCGAAAACCCCUCAACAACUAUUGAGCCCUCCUCACCUCACAACCCUCUUGGAUUUCUAAACAUAUUAUAAUCUUGACUUUUUUAUAUAGUGUGUACAGAUGAAUGAGAGAUCAGCAUAGGAACUAGAGGAUUGACACUUAUGUUAACUUCUAACAUAGCUGGAGUAGAAAAUGGUGUGAAUAAAGAAACAAAGUUUCACUAUAA